GAGGCGGCGUGCGACCCCGGGAUGCCGCUGGCGGACGAGGCGGAAGCGCGGCGUCGGCGAGCUACGCGGAAGAGGCUGGAGAAGUUCGCUGGGUUGAGAGGUAAAACUGUGCAGACUGGAGAGUUUUGGGAUGUUGUUGUAAUAACAGCAGUUGAUAAAAAGCAAGAAAUAGCUUAUCAAAAACAAUUAUCAGAAAAGCUGAAAAGAAAAGAAUUGCCCCUGGGUGUGGAUUAUCAUGUUUUUGCUGAUCCUCCUGGACCAAAAAUUGGAAAUGGUGGAUCAACCCUUCACGCCCUUCGGUGUUUAGAAGAGCAUUAUGGAGAUAAAUGGGAUACCUUCACUAUCAUAUUAAUUCAUUCUGGUGGUUAUAGUCAACGUUUACCGAAUGCCAGUGCCCUGGGAAAAAUUUUCACAGCUUUGCCUUGUGGGGAUCCAAUUUACCAAAUGCUUGAUUUGAAAUUAGCCAUGUACAUUGAUUUUCCUGCUUGUAUGAAUCCAGGUGUUUUGAUUACAUGCGCAGAUGAUAUUGAAUUUUAUAAUAUUGAUGCAACAGAACUCCUGAGGUUUAAUCAGCCUGGAUUUACUGCAUUAGCUCAUCCUUCCAGUUUGAGCAUUGGUACAUGUCAUGGAGUUUUUGUAUUGGAGCCUCCAUUAUCCCUGAUAGAAAAAGAACUUGAGUACAGAUCUUGUAAUCUUUUUCUGCAUAAGCCUAGCAUUGAAAAAAUGUAUCAGUCUGGAGCAGUGUAUAAAAGGAAUAAUUUUCAAACAUUACCUCCUGGGGACCUGGGGGAUUCAUUUAUGGAAUCUGAGUUUGUAUAUACAGAUAGCUUAUUUUACAUUGAUUGCACCACUGCAAAACUGAUGCUAACAUUUUAUAAACAGAUAGGCAAACUUUGCUAUGAAAUAGAUGCCUAUGGUGACUUUCUGCAGGCAUUAGGGUCUGGAGCAACAAAAGAUUAUGCAACAAAAGUUGAAAAUGUCACAAAAGAAUCGUGUCUAAUAGAAAUAAGGGAGAAGAUGUUUAACAUACUAAAAGGUUUGCCUCUCAAUGUUAUACUCCUAAAUAAUUCCAAAUUCCAUCAUAUUGGAACUACUCGUGAGUGUUUGUUUCAUUACACUUCUGAUAGAAAAAUGAAAUUGGAGUUGGGUCUGCUGCCAAAUAUUUUUAGCAUCUGUUCAAACAAGGUGGAAGACUUGGAUAAAUCGGCAUGUAUCAUUCACAGUAUGCUUAGUUCAAAGUGUUUUGUUGCACCUGGUUCACUAAUUGAAUAUUCUAGAUUGGAUUCCAAGGUUUCAGUAGGGACAAACAGUAUCAUCAGUGGCUGUUCCAUUGACACAGAAGCAGAUAUACCACCAAAUACUUUUAUGACAACUCUGAGCAUAAGAAUUGAUGGAGAAUUAAAGUAUGUGAGCAUGGUGUUGGGCAUAGAAGAUGACUUGAAAAAGAACGUGGCAAAUCUUGCAGAUAUACACCUACUAAGUUUUUUUGGCAUUGGUCUUAAACAAUGCUUAGAGCUUUGGGGCUUGAGAAUUUCAGAUGAGCUCUUUUCAGGGGACAAAACAUGUCUGAGUUUGUGGACUAUUCGAAUCUUCCCUGUAUGCUCUUAUUUAAGUGAUUCGGCGAAAGUGUCAUUAGGGAUUUUAAACUCAGUGCAAAAUAAGUCCCCAUUUAAUUUAGAUAGUUUUAAGCUGUUGUCUAUUGAACAAAUGCUUUGCUACAAAGAUGUUGAAGAUAUGCUGAAAUUCCGGCAGCAACUUUAUGAAGAAAUCAAUCUGCAGAAAGUGAAAGAGAAAUCUAUUAUAUAGAAGUGGCUGAAAAAUGGUACUUUCCUCCAUAUUUUAAUUCAAUGAGGGCUAAUUGCUUUCAAGGUUUCCAAACCCCAGAAGCAAGCACUAUGCAUAUUUUUGUGUUUCAUUGAAGUAGAAAUAAUGAAACUGCAUUAAGACUGUUAUUGUAGCAUAACAUUAAUAAUGCAAAAAAUGCAGAUAAACUAUUCUUUUGAUGAAAACAUUAAUGAAAUAUUUUGAAAUCUAUAAAAACACAAAGGAGGAAAUUUUCUUUGCUUCAUAUUACGUUUUCAGGGUUUUUAUUAAUUCAAGUGGGAAAUAAAAGUUAUUAAUUAGGUAUUUGAUUGAAAACUACUUAAAACUUUUUACAUAGAAAAAGUUGUUUCUGACAACAUUCUUAUUUUUCAGGUUUGUUCGUUACAAAUAAGCAAUAAAGUUAUGUUAUUUCUUAAAUGUAUGUUCAUAACACUAUUCUGUGUUUCAUGUGUAAAUCUGACAUCUGUUUACAAGGCUGAGGUCAAAUGAAGCAAAAUAAAUUGAAAUGUGUAAAUUAGGUAAUCAGGAUUUUGUUUAAAUAUGUUUCUUUCUGAACAUGAAUGGUACUGAGAAAACUGUCAUAUUUUGAUAUAGUUAUAAGAUAAAGAUUAUUAAUAAUUCUAGGCAUAUCCUGGCAUUAUCAUUACCACAUAAUUAUGGAUUGCUUUCUUCAAAGGUUAUAUCUAAAAUAUGCAGCUUUAACCUAAUUUUGUAGAAUGAUCGUGU